UUUGGGUAGUUGAAUAAAACUCUAGAUGAUAAUACGAUUUAAAAAAUCAAUAAAUAGACCCCUCACCUUACCCAAUCCAAACAGAAAAAUGAUUAUCAAUUGAUUUGCCAAAUUAUGAGAGAAAUGUGCUGAUGUUGUUUUCUUUGUUUUUUCCGUUUGGCUUUUGGCUUCUUCUGUACCUACAACUAAAUACAAAACAGCUAAAUUUCAGUUUAACCAACUAAAGUGAAGUGUUAGCUUCAUCAAGCACUGAAAACAGUAGUCUCCAUUUGCUACAAUGAACCCUCCAAUUGUUCAAACCAUCUCAGAGUGCUUCAUAAAACCACAUUAUCCAGUAGAAGAGAUUAAGCCUCCAAUCUUCUUGGCCGCAUGGGACAUAACCAUGCUCUCACUCAAUUACAUCCAAAAGGGUCUACUGUUCAUUAAGCCCCAAUCAACAACAAAUGACCAAGAAAACCCAGUCAAAUCCCUCCUACAUAUCCUCAACGAUUCCCUCUCUGUCACCCUUGUACAGUUCUAUCCCCUCGCCGGUCGUCUUGCGACCCUGAAACAAGAAAACCCGCCUUCUUACUCAGUGUACAUUGAUUGCAACAAUAGUCCCGGAGCAAAAUUUAUCCAUGCAACUGCGGAUUUAACUAUCGCGGACAUUCUUUUGCCAGUUGAUGUUCCUGUAGUUGUUCAAUCCUUUUUUGAUCACGACAGGGCGAUUAAUCACGACGGGCAUUCGAUGUCGCUGCUGUCGAUUCAAGUCACGGAGUUAAUCGAUGGGAUAUUCAUCGGUUGUUCAGUCAACCACGCGGUUGUUGACGGAACAUCUUAUUGGCACUUCUUCAACAGUUUAUCACAAACCUUCCGUGGACAAGAAAAGAAUCCUGGAAUUUCUCAAGCCCCAAUUCUUAAACGUUGGUUCCCUAAGGGGCACGGUCCUAUGCACAACCUCCCUUUCUCUCACCAUGAUCAGUUUAUUAGGAGAUUUGAACCACCCCCGCUAAGAGAGAGAAUCUUCCACUUCUCGUCGGAAUCCAUAGCCAAACUCAAAGGAAAGGCUAAUUCUGAGAGCAAAUCAACCAAGAUUUCCUCUUUCCAAUCUGUAUCCGCGCUUGUCUGGAGGAGUGUGAUCCGGGCCCGUCGUCUUCCACACGACCCAGAAACCACUUUGAGCAUGAUUGUAAAUAACCGAAGCCGAAUAAACCCGCCGUUGCCGAAUGAGUAUUUCGGGAAUUCGGUGAGUGUAUUGACGGGAAAAGCCACUGUUGGCGAAUUGCUUGAUCACAGUUUUUGGUGGGCGGCAUGGCGGUUGCACGAGGCGGUGGAGGCCCACACCGAUGCAGCGGUGCAACAGUGGGUGGAGAAGUGGAUAGAGAAUCCACUUAUAAACACACGUCAUGAGCCUGCACUGUAUAACCCGUAUGGUGUAUUGGUAGCGAGCUCGCCUCGGUUUAGGAUUUACGAGAAUGAGUUUGGGAUGGGGAAAGCGGUGGCGAUUCGGAGUGGUUAUGCAAAUAAGAGGGACGGUAAAGUGAUGUUUUACCCUGGGUAUGAAGGCGGUGGGAGCAUGGAUUUGGAGGUGAACCUCCCGCCGGAAACAAUGGCGGCGCUUGAAUCGGACGAGGAGUUUAUGGAUGGCCUCAAUGGUAAGUGCUGACGGACACAGUAUCAACAUUUAGAAAAGUGGAAUUAAUGUCGCCGAUUGCAAUUAAUUGAGACUCGAUUUGGUUUGGUUCA